CUGACACGCACGGGGAGAGAGAGAGAGGGGAGAGAGGCGGGCAGAGCUGGUUGGGCCAGUGAGCCAACACGAACAAUCGCCUGCAAGCACGCAACAAACUUCCACCAUUCAGAAAAAAAACCACCACAACAACGAUCAUUGUCGUACAUACAGACACACACAACAACAACACUACCACCGCCACCAAUCUUGACCAGGAGGAGGAGGACAACCACCGACGAGGAGGAGAAGACCAACCACCACCACCACCAUCUUCUCGCCGAGGAGAUAUGGAGCCGUUUCUCAUUGUGGCACCAAACCGCGCCGUCGCUCCUGGGCUGAUCCCAGCUGCAUCAUCGCCAACCACCACGCGUGGCCUUUUAUUUUCUAGGCAGUCAUAAGCGUAUUCACUUUCCCUACGGCGUGGGCUAUUUCUUUUUUAUUUUAAACAUUUAUUUAAACUUUCCUCGCGGCCACAACGCGUUGUGUGCGCCCGCAAGGCCGUGCGAGAGAGAGAGCGAGCGAGCGGUGAAAUGAGACUUUUACUUGUUUCUAGUAGCGAAGAAUAACUUCAGCGAAUGUUAACUUCGUGACUUUAAUCGUCAACGCAUUGUUUUAUUUUACAGUUUUUUUCUUCCGUUUAGUGACUAUUUAAGUGGCGAGUUUUUGUUGGAUCUUGGUUUUAUUUCGGGAGGGGGGGGUUAUUUUUGUCUGGACCACAAAAGUCAACAACUUCUUCAUCAUCUUCAUCAUCAUCAUCCUCCUCGACAAUGGGGCCCAGGAGAUGCUUGAUACUUCGGCUGAUGACGGUGGUGAUGAUGUGCCGACGAGCGGCUCCAGGCGUGCUGUCGGGUGGCUUGACGCUGGCGCUGGCCGGGCCACCGCCUGCGUUCGUGGAGACGCGCGAGUGCGUCUACUUCAACCUCAACUGGGAGAAGGAGGGCACGGCCGCCGGAGGCACGGAGGCGUGCGAUGGCGACCGCGAGAAGCGGCAACACUGCUACGCGUCGUGGCGCAACGUGUCGGGUGGCGUGCGGCUGGAGAGGCAGGGGUGCUGGCUGGAUGACUUCAACUGCUACGACAGGAGCGAGUGCGUGGAGUCGAGCGAGAAUCCCGCCGUGUACUUCUGCUGCUGCGAUGGGGACCUGUGCAACGCCAUGUUCACCCACCUGCCCGUCCUACAGCCCCGAGCCCACGAGGGGGCUCAGCCCGGCGUGGCGGAGAGGCAGUCCACGGCGUCGGGAGCCUUCCUCUACACGCUGGUGCCCCUGCUGGCCGUCACGAUGGUGCUGCUGCUGUCUUUCUGGACGUACCGGCACCACAAGCUGGCGUACGCGCACGCCGCACUGCCUCCACAGGAGGCAAGCCUGGCACCCCCGUCGCCCGUGCUGGGUUUGCGACCCGUGCAGCUGCUGGAGUUGAGGGCCCGCGGCCGCUUUGGCUGUGUCUGGCGCGCUCAGCUCCUAUCCCAGGUCGUCGCUGUGAAGAUCAUACAGCCCGUGAAUAAACAGUCGUGGCAGAACGAGAUGGACAUAUUCCAGACGCCGGGCAUGAGGCACGAAAACCUGCUGGAGUUCAUCGGCGCCGAGAAGCGGGGAGCGAACCUGGACAUGGAGAUGUGGCUCAUCACCGCCUUCCACGAGCGGGGCUGCCUGUCGGAUUACCUCAAGGGCAGCACGCUGUCAUGGGCCGAACUGUGCCACGUUGCCGAGACGAUGUCGCGCGGACUCGCCUAUCUGCACAGUGACGUCCACGGCAAGAACGAAGGCAGCAAGCCGGCCAUCGCUCAUCGUGACUUCAAAAGCAAGAACGUGCUGCUGAAGAACAACCUGUCGGCUGUGAUUGCCGACUUUGGGCUGGCGCUCAAGUUUGAGCCGGGAUGCUCGCCUGGGGACACCCACGGACAGGUGGGCACGCAGCGCUACAUGGCCCCGGAGGUGCUGGAGGGUGCCAUCUGCUUUCAGCGCGACGCCUUCCUGCGCAUCGACGUCUACGCGUUGGGGCUCGUGCUGUGGGAGCUCGUGUCACGGUGCACAGCCGCUGAUGGUCCCAUAGACGAGUACCGUGUGCCGUUUGACGAGGAGAUCGGUGAUCACCCCACGCUGGAGGACAUGCAGGACAUCGUGGUGCAGAAGAAAAUGCGGCCGGCGUUUCGAGAGGCGUGGCUCAAGCACCCGGGACUGGCUCAGCUGUGCGUGACCAUGGAGGAGUGCUGGGACCACGACGCGGAGGCUCGCCUUUCGGCCGGCUGCGUGGAGGAGCGCCUGGUGCAGUUGCGGCGCCACCCGGGGCCUCCAGGCCUGCCCGGCGGCGGUGGCACCACCACUGCUACCACCGCCUCCUCUCCUCCCACCGCCGACACCACCACCACUACUGCUGCGCCCCUUCACUCCGACUCCCUCAUCAUCUCCAUGUCUCCGACCUUACUCAACCUUCAUUCGUCGUCACCCAGCAAGGAGUCGAGCCUCUAGACCAGGGGUGGGGAACCUCGAUGGACCCGCGGGGCCGGAUGUGGCCUGCGACUUCAUUUCAUACGGCCUGUGACCUUCAGUCACUGCAAGGGCCCCCUUGAAUAUUGACAGAAGUGAUGAAGCUGUUUGUGUUAACGUGUGGCCCCACCUAAGGUAAUUCAAAGUGCUAUUUGGCCCCUGGUAAGGACAGGUUUCCCCACUCCUUCUGUAGGCGAUCGUCAAACUGUUGGUAUAACUUUUCAUUAUUUAACCAGGUUUAGAGGUACGCAUUGUUCGUUAUAUGCUUCACAAGGAAACUUAAGGGCGUCACGUACGAACAGUUUAAACAUUUUACCCAAUUUAGUUUUCAAUAUUUGAUGCACGUUUUGGAUUUGGUAGGCUUUGACCCUUGGACAGAUGUCAGAACGAUAUUGCUGGGUCAUUGCCGUCUGCUUUCCAGCAGGGGUUGAGAUGAAAUUGAAUCGGUGCAAGUACCGUGACUACUAAGCAUUGGGGAAUUGUAACAAUUUUAAUUUCCCGCAAGCUGGCUCAGUGCGUGGACCCUGUACAAAUACAAUACAAUUUGGAUAUUUAUCGCAUAUAAAUGCAACCACACAUCAAGGUUCUGUAAACAGCAAGGUGUGUGCACCACCAAAGCUGUUUAUCUGCCCGUCCAAUCUGGUUUUAUUUCAUCGAUGUCACCGGGAGACUUGCUUAGUUUAGCCAGCGAUUAUUUUUUUUACACUACCUGCUUAUCCUAACCAAGGUAGAGAUGCUAUCUGUUCAUGGCGUUGUGAGGUUAUAAAAAAAAAUCACUCAAAUAGUUCACGUAAGUUGGACAAAAAUAAUAGUGCUUUAAUUUUUUUGAAACCAAAGUGGCUUGAGCUGAUUUUUAUACUUCGCAUAUUUUAAAUAUGAAAUGUAUUAUCCCCCUUUCCCUCCACGUUCCCUCCAAUUGGCUCUUCUGGCAUUGUAGUAAGAAAAUGGGCAUUUUAUUUAAGAAAUAGUAAUUCAUUGCAGUUGAUUGUAGUUAAUAAACUUAACACUGGCGCUAACUCAUAAUCCUAAUUUGGCUACGUAAAUGGUUACCAAACACUGUCCUCACCCAGAUUACAUUUUUUUUUUUACAUUUACCGUGAAUGUUUAAAAGUAAAUGUUUACUAAGCACGCUUACCUGACGGUCAGGGUUAAGGCCAGGGUUAGCAUUUAGAUAUUGGCUGGGGAUAAAUUCUCAUUUAGGGUGUAAGGCCUUGUGCUAGCGAUAGUGUUAAGGCUAGGGUUAGUCAUAUUGGCUUUAACCAUCUACAUACUUUAUGAUAAACUAAAUUAGAAUAUGUAAUAUAUUUGUUAAACAUUUUUAUUUUCACGAUAAAAUGUCCCAGUCUCCCCUGCUGUACAUGAAACCAGGUCUGACCAGGACCCUAGUUAGAAUGUAAUUCCCCUCUUCCACUGGUACAUCCGAGCCGAUCCACGGCACCUUUACAGCACAGGUGGUUUUUCCACCGGCCAAUUACCGUGCUAAGCUGGAACCAAAUCGCGAUGGUACGCUGGCCUUGCGAGACGUCGAAAUCUGGUUGCUUUUUCAUUGCACGUGGCAUCAAACCGUCAGCUCUUAAAGGACACAGAGUCGCGGCGUCAUCUACAUGCGGCUCUCCACCCAUUCGUUUCUUGUUACGUCAGCGGCACGACUUGGCUCCGGUGGUGAAGAAACCAACAGCUGAGCUGUGCCGGGCAGGCUCGGCACGGUCACAGCGGAGCUAGGUUGUGCAGUGGAAACGGGUGUGAAUGUGGUGUCACACGUUGAGUUCGCUCUGGAGGCGUGUCUCAUCAGUCUGCCAUGCGUUUUUAGCAUUUCGAGGGACAUCCCAGGCAAUGGGUUUGGUAUUUAGGCAUUGUCAAAUAAUUGUUCACAUUGCCUGCUUUAGAAAACGAUAAGAAAGAUGUCAUUUAAAAUAAUUUCAUGCCUUGUUUUUGCUCGGUUAUAUCGAAUUGCGAUUUUUAAAAAAAUAAUUGAUCAUGUGUGUACUGUACAUGCCCAGGUCAUGGGUCAUGUUCCUGUGGCUUGAUUUGGUAAGAUAGAUAUGAGAAGGGUAAAGCGAUAGACUCAUAGCAAGACUUAAAAAAGACGCCUUCAAGGUUGUAAUCCCAUUAUCUUACAGAUAAGUCAAAAUUAAUUGCUGCUUAAAUGAGGCGGUACUCAUUUCCUAUUUACUGCCCUGACCCAGUGGUGAAAAUUUCACGUUCCUAUGGCAAGGGUGAGUCUCCCCACAGGCUAACCACUACCACUGUUGACCUCGCCCACAAUGUGGUACUCAUGUGAUUGAUCCAUGAUGCUGGGGUUGGUGAAAUAGAUACCACUUUGAAAAGAGCCAACUGUUGUAGCAAAAGACUGGGUCCUUCCAAAACAAUGUGGAAUUUACACCUCUGAUUCAGAACCAACAAGACGUCUCGGUUCUCUACUCGAUAAUUGUGAACUUUGGCAAGUGAAAUGGGAAUAUAUGUGAAGAAUAUGAAGCUUGCUUGUUGCCAUCAAAGAUGAUGAUACUUUCCUCAAACAUUGCUUUCCCAGAGCAAUGCUUAUUUUUUUGUUUAUUGAGCAUAAAUCAAAAAUAUGCCAGUUACAAAAAUGGACGGUGCGUUAGCUUGUUGCUUUGUACGGUGGGGAAGCUGCGUGAACGCACGUCGCGUGCAAUCCACGUGAUCUUUUCAAUGGUGCUUUGAACACACAUUCUCAGUGCGUGUGCUUGGUGCAAGGCCCGUUUCGUUUGUCCUGAGGGGCCUUUUUUGUAGCCUUUGCGAUAACUACGGCAAGUGAUGGUUCUGCAAAAGACACGAUUUGAAUGGGUUUAAAAGAUGUGUUAUUUUAACGCGUUUUUUUUUCCUCCCUCCCCCCACCCCCAUUCGUCUUUGGUACUUCAAGCCUGUUUACGUUGCGGGAGAUUUGUGACUGGUUUGAUUUUGCUGGAGCAACGACUUCCCUCGUCGAUGCUCAUAGUUGCUUUUAUUCAUCAAUAGAGGGGCAAAACACCCGGUGAACGCGGACGGUAGAGGCCACCGGAUAUUAGGACACAAGCCGGCUGCAGGCUGCACUUGGAGGUGUGCGUACGGUUGCCACUUGUCCCUGGUUUCCCCAGGAUCAUACUCUCUGGUUGAGGAGGUAGCUGUCCUGAGAUCUUCUUAAGUCUUGCCAGGAUGUUAAAGUGUCCCAUUUUUAUUGCGUAAUGGUGAUAUUCCACAAAUUAAAAUGCAUUUACGUGUAGUACUCACCCCCCCCCCCCCCCCCCGUUCUGGUAUUAUGAGAUCAUUUCCAUCAUAUGUCCUGGAUGGUUUUUAGUACCUUGGAGGUGGCAACCCUAUUGCAUGCAAUGUAAAACUAUCAUGGCACAGAAUACAGUGGGGAAGUAACAUGCACAUCUCCCUGCAGAUAGAGCAAGGAAACGUAUUGAGGAUUUGGAGGUAUUCAUAUCCAUUCCAUACGGUCAAAUUAAGUUUAUAAUUCGCCAAAUAAAAUGGGUAAUUACGCCAAUUGCAUAUGCAUCGAAUUCUGCAUGUUGGAAUCAUUCCACUGCAGAUUCUACAGUGGCAACUGAAAAAAAAAUAAACCGAGUUGAAUCAUGGCCUUAUAAUUAGCAAAUUCGAAGCGGCAUGUUCUGUUUAGGAAUCGAUGCACCGUCAGUUGACCACGAGCAACCAAUGGAGGCUGCUGUGCUCUUCCCCCCUCAAUCUAUACAAACCUCUUAAUUCAAUAAGUCGGGUUUUAGCGAUGCUGGGGACGCGGCUCAAUCAUUUGAAUGAAACGUGUUCAUGCGCAGCGGUGACGAACUAUGCGUGGUGCAAAUGCGGCUCGCAACGUCUUGAUGUCCUUAAGCUUUUUUGUGUUCACGGAAUCCUCUUCAGCAGAGGUUGGGGGGGGGGGUGUGCGGUUUCCCAAAACGUUCCAAGUCCGCGGACCGCUGUCAGCCGUCGACGUUUCGCAUGCCGCCGUUGUCGUGUAAAACGUGUGGCGAUUUUGUGAAAUUUAUCGCACGGGACGUUUGGUUCUGUGGGUCACUUCCCCAUCCACGGCACGGCCAUGCUUGCUCUCGAAAGCAACGGUUUUGUUUUUGUAAUCUGUAAACUACCUCAAGUUUCAUUUUUUUAAAAUAUAAAAUGCAAGUUUAAUUUUUGCCACAUCGAAGAGACCCUUACAAUGAGAGAGAGAGAGAGAGAAAAACGUUCCAGAUUUUAUAUACUGUAUAGUGAUGUAAGUUUUUUUUUUUACCUGCUGAUGGUUUUACAGUCGAAUGGUGGUUAUUCUAGUUGUAGAUCUGGGAAGACUCAUUGUACGAAGUGAGCGGAAAAUACCUCAGUCUGACUUGGAUGCACACUGUUCAAUUAUGUUUGUUCCUCGGUAUUCUCCAUCAAAUGUGAAUUAUCCGUCUUUACAACAUCCUACUCGCAAGCCCCUUCUUGUGCUCCAGGUUUACAGAGCAAACGAGGCUAUGUUGAAACGCAAAAUCGCCAAGUCUGGGAAUCGAUUAUUAUUAUCGUUUAAGGGAGGCUUCCUUUUAAAACCUCUCUCGUGCAAGAAUUAUUAGAAUGUAAACCAAACGAUUUCUUUAUUGGUUUAAGGUCAUUUUAAUUGAAAAUAAAUCCCCCCCCCCAAUGUGCUGAUAAUUGUUUUUGUAUAAUUUCAUAGCGGUCAUAUAUAUUGUAGCAGUCCACCGCAGUGGAUAUGAUGCAUGAGAGAGGGUUAACGUAUACCCUUUAUAUGUGCCCGGCACAUAGCAUGUGCGCCAAUGAGCAUGGUAGAAUGCACAUGCUGCCUUCCAAAGGGUUUCUUGCUCAAGUUUUAUACAUCCUAGCCAACCGUGCUGAUCAAUCGCAAGCGUUCUUUCAAAUCUGUGAUUGCGGGACGUUAAGCGCGAUGUAAGAAAAGAAAAAAGCUUUUUUCCUGGUGUCCAAAUCGUAUUCAUUUUAAUGCCGCGUGGUAUAUUGUGCAGACCUUAGCUCUCAGGGGGUUUUACGUGUUCAGUGCUUUACAUCGUGGACGAGUCAAAGUCUUGCCAUUAUGAGCAGCGACACUGGGCUGCACAUUCCUAUGUUCACUGCUCAGUUUUGUUGUGCCGCUGAAGAUGGAUCAGCGAUUUGAAUUCUACGCUGCACGGCAGCUCAUGUCACCUCUUUUGCCAAUCAUCAUGAACAUUGCUGACAUGCAAACCCCACUUGUUAAUGCGGCCUAAUUUUUAAAGUAGUUUUUAGCACUUGAUGUCAUUGAUUCUGUAUUUAAUUUGGGGGGGGGGGGGGAAACCACAACAAUGGAUAAAUUCGGAAGUUUUUUUGUAAUUGUCCUAUAUGUAAUUGGGGUAAAAUGGAGGUGCAUUGGUUAUGCACUGCACAAUGAACCCAGCGACAUGAGUUUGAUUCCAAGCCACGGCUACCAUCAGUGGCGAGGUAUACCUGAAUCGGUCUUGGGCCUCCCUUGAGCCCGCAAUGUAUGGUCAAACAUCCGCCAUGACCAACGUGGCAUGGGGGAGGCCUUCAUCCAGCAGUGGAUUGACAAAAGAAAGGCCUGUGCAUUUUAUUUUGUUAACAUUUGUGACAGUGCAUAUUUAUUCUGGUUGGCUGAGAGAGUCUGAGAAGCUUGCUAAUUUGGAGUAUAUUGUGGUCAAUGCACAGCUCCUGAAGUGAAUCAUAUCCUUAGUGUUCUGUAUUAUAAAAUCGGACUUAAAGAAAUGUACCUUUGACAUCAAGGGCACAUAACACCUGGUGGGUUAUGCAUGCAAUGAUGGGUUUCCACAGCUGUCGGUUGAAUUGCCACGAUUUUGGCUCGUAAUUUGAUGCGACAAUACUAUUUGGUCUCAUUUGUAGAGUUGUCCCAUUGGUCCACAGUGUACAUUAACAUAUUCUUGGAAAUCCUUGCAAAUGAGUAUUUCCAUCUCGAUGGACUUUCCCAGGUGAAAUAUAAAAAAAAAAUUGAAAUAAAUAUUAUUUGCUAUAAAUUGAUUAUGAUAAUUCGUCACGCGCAAUUUUAUGCAAUUAUCGUGAGUAAAAGAAACACUUUUAAUAGAUGGAUUGAUACUACAUAGCCUACGGCUUCAUUUCACAAGACUUUCAGAUCAUCAGCACAUUUGGUAUUUUCGCACCAUUCUUAGGAGCGGAAGGCUGUGGCAAAAGCGCCCUGCGUCACAAGAUGAUUAAGAGUCUGCAGGAGUUUCACAAGUAGAGGCGAGGCGCACUUGCCAUGUAGGCCUUACCCAAUGAGAGAGUGUUAAUUUGUGGAGUCCUUUUAAAACGUGCCAAAUUUGGCAAUUUUAAUAGCAGUGAGCUUUUUUUCCCCCUGAAUGGAAGCCUCCCUUUAAUGUGACACGUGACAAACUGCGGUUUAAAUUACGGAUAUGGAGUGCCUACAAUCUCUCACGGAUGCGGGCCCGUUUUUCUAUACUUUUAAUAAUGUAUUACUGUCACGGUGAGAUUCCAGGUAUUAUGUUAAGCCUACAUGCAGUAUUUUGGUUUGUUAAAAGAUUUGUUAAGUUCUGUUUGUGCUUGGACACAAAUAACUACUUUAAACAUCGUGUCGUCAGGUGGCCAAUUUUAUAAGUCUCAUUUUUUUUUGUCUCAGUCUGCAGGACAACUGUUUUAAUGAAAAAAGCUCAACCCAGUGUCUGGUCUUAAAACCUUGUAAAUUAACGAGUUUUGUUACGAACGUAUUAUUAUCGUUAUCGGUUUAGUUGAUGUCGUUUUUUUGUAGAGUAAGCGGUAGGGCUUUUGUUACAUUUUAGUAUUUAACAUUUUUCUAACGGGAAGGAAAUGAGUGUGGCGUUUCACACAGCGCACGUUUUAUGUUUGUGUGGGGGGUCUCACGCAACCCAAGAUGUUUCUGUCGGUUUGAAGGGCUUUUUUUACAUUAAAAAGUUCCGUCCUCAUGUUUAUACAGUGUUCUAUGGGGCUGGGCCUUCUUUGUGAAUGUUCAAAUGACCUUUUUUGUUGCCAGUGUUUCAUUUAAAAAGAAAUCUGUAUCCUAAUAACCUCAAGUCUUCAUGUUUUCUUGUGUGCGACUUUUAUGUCUGUCCAGAAGCCUAAAACAGCCAACAUUGUUCCGAAUGCAUAAACUGUGAAACUGUACAGUCAAGUCUAAAUAAAUU